GAUCAUACACAAUACAUGACAAUCAUUCAUUUGAGCGAAAACCUCAGAGCAGCAGGAAGAAAGACCUCUUCAUUGCACAGCAUUAAAAUGUAUAGGCCAGGACGGGGGCCAUCAACCUCAAGAUUCCUGAAUCCAUAUGUGGUGCUUUUUGUUGUUAUCGCAGUGGUGUUAGUCCUGGCAGUGACGAUAGGUCUACUGAUCCACUUUUUAGCUUUUGAUAAAAAAUCUUAUUUUUACUCUAGCAGCUUUGAAAUCCCAAAUGUUAAAUAUAAUGAUAAGUUAAAUUCACCAGCUACACAAGAGUACAGAAAUUUAACUGGAAGAAUUGAAUCUGCGAUUACUACAACAUUCAAAGAAUCAGAUUUAAGAAAUCAAUUCAUCCGAGCUCAUGUUGUCAAACUGAGGCAAGAAGGCAGUGCUGUGAUGGCUGAUACUGUUAUGAAAUUUAAAUUCUCUAGAAAUAAUAAUGCAGCAUCAAUGAAAAGCAGAAUUGAGGCUGUUUUACGUCAAAUACUGAAUAAGUUUGGAAACUUGGAAACAAGCCCUUCAACUGUUGUAUCAGCUCUUGAUGACCAAGAAGCAGUAAAUAUGUUCAAUAAAGAAUGCGGGGCCCAUCCGAACCUGAUAUCAUUGUCUGAAGAGAGAGUCAUGGGAGGCACAAAGGCUGAGGAAGGAGACUGGCCAUGGCAAGUCAGUCUACAGCUGAAUGGCGUGCACCACUGUGGCGGUGUCCUGAUCAGUAACACAUGGAUCCUGACAGCAGCUCACUGCUUCAGAAGCUACUCUGAUCCUCGUAGAUGGACUGCCACCUUUGGUAUUUCCACAGCAUUUCCUGUAGUGAGAAAAGCAAUAAGAACUAUUUUGAUCCAUAACAAUUAUAAAGCUAUAUCUCAUGAAAAUGAUAUUGCAGCUGUGAAACUUGUAGAUGGUGUCACCUUUACCAAAAAUAUCCAUAGGGUGUGUCUUCCAGAGGCUACCCAGAAUAUAUCACCUGGUUGCACGGCUUAUGUAACAGGAUGGGGAUCACGAACUUUUGACAGCAACCCAGUUCCAGUACUAGAACAAGGACGGGUCUACAUAAUAAGUAAUAAUGUAUGUAAUGCACCAAAUAGUUAUGAUGGAGCAGUCUUGUCUUCAAUGCUAUGUGCUGGAGUGCCGGGAGGUGGAGUGGAUGCAUGCCGGGGUGACUCUGGUGGCCCACUGGUACAACAGGACACACGGCGGCUCUGGUUCCUUGUGGGGAUAGUGAGCUGGGGAAUACAGUGUGGUCUGCCAGAUAAGCCAGGAGUGUACACACGCGUGACAUCCUACCGUGACUGGAUAGCUGAGCACACCGGGGUCUAGUGCAAUAAAUGCCUCUCUGUUGCAAAGUCUGUAUGCAGGUGUGCCUGUCUAAAACUCUAAGACUCUACUCUUCCACUGCGAAAUAAACUGCAAGAUCCCUAUUUAACACCAUUUACAUAAAUAUGGUUUCACCAGCAAUUUAAUCUUUCUGUGUUACUAUGGAUUUCAUGUCUUCCUCAAGAAAACCAUAUGAAUGUUGCGCAGUACUGUGGCAGCGUGCCAGGCAGAGGUGAGAAAUGUAUUAUAGUUGUGGUAACAGCUGGUAGUGAGGGAAAUGGGUCUUUGGGAGGAGAUACGGGAGAAACUCAGACACAUCUGCAGCGUCAGAGGCCUCUUCUCUAAGUAGUUUUUGCUGAAGCUGAUAUGUAGGUAGAGUAUCAAAACAUGCA